UGAGUGGUGAUUUGUUUUUCAGUUUUAGCCCUUAACGGAGGUGUUUCAGAGAGUUUUCACUGAUGCAAUGGGAAACCACGCGGGUGCUACAAAGUUCACAAGUGAUAUUCUACUGCUCAGAGCGCGUAAUCAUAAUUAGUUUACUGAAUUGAUUUUUUAGCAGCUUUUUGACCACUUAAAAACGACUCAAUCUGGCUAUUUAUCUGGAUUAAUGCGAACAAUAACUUCUCCAGGCAUUUUUAUGUAGUGAAGAUUGAGUUUUUCCACAUGGUUUGCCCUAAUUCUCUUGUUAACAAUACAACUCAUUACUUUUUACUCUAGGUGACAACAUAUAAAGCAAAAAUCAAGGCAGAUUGAGUAUAUGUUGGGUUAAUCAUUCAGAUUCAGACCACUGUUGCACUCUUUAAACCAGUGAACAACCCUGAUUCUAUCUAGCUCAAUAUAUAUAUCAAAAUAUUUCCUUGUGCAAAAAAUUAAAACGCAUGUUUGGAUUGAUGUCAGCAGUUUUAAUAUAUCAAUUAAAUCAGCCUCAUUGUGUCAUUCGUAUUACUUUACAGGCAACAAUUGUGACAGUCAUUCAUGCCAACUGGAGUCUGAUACUGUAAUGAGACUCUGACUCCAGCCACAGUAUGUUUGUACAUACUUUAAUAUUCUCAUAGUGGAUAUAUAAAGCAAAGACAGCAUUUUUUGCAGUUCCACUACCUCACAGAAUAAAGAGGCCCUGAGCAGUUGUCAUAUCUCGGAGACCAGGUUUAAAUAUAGACAGUUAUUAAUAGACCAUCCGAACAGAGUGGGCUUCACUCGUCCUCUGCCCUGACAACACCACACAACUCUGUGAAGAGGGAGAAAGCUGAACGGCAUGGGGGACAUCCAGCAGUUUGAGCAGGACUUCUACCAAACCAGAUAUUACAUUGAUGAUCAGGGUCAAACUGUGGCUUACUACGAUAACUACGACUCCACAAACCCAGCUUAUUACGACAAUGGAGCUCAGACCUUCAUGCCAGAAGUCCUGGAUCCUUCCAUGCAGCAGGACUACACCGGGCAGUACUACCAACCCGGGACUCUUGGAGACACAGGGGCAGAGUCUCCAGAGGAGGAACCUCCCCUUCUGGAGGAGCUUGGCAUCAACUUCGACCACAUCUGGCAGAAGACGCUGACGGUGUUGAACCCUUUAAAGCCUGCAGACGGCAGCAUCAUGAACGAGACCGACCUGACGGGGCCCAUCAUCUUCUGCAUCGCUUUAGGGGUCACUCUGAUGAUGGCUGGUAAAGCUCACUUUGGUUACGUGUACGGGACCAGCGCUACAGGCUGUACAGGGAUGUACAUGCUGCUCAGUCUGAUGAGCUCUCUGGCGGUGUCUUUUGGCUGUGUGGCCAGUGUCCUGGGCUACUGUCUCCUGCCCAUGGUGGCGCUCUCUGCAUUCGCUGUCUUCUACUCUUUACAAGGAGUCCUGGGAACGGUCCUGGCCAUGUUGGGGAUUUGUUGGUGCAGUUUUUCAGCCUCAAAGAUCUUCAGCUCCACCCUGGCCAUGGAGGGCCAGCAGCUGCUGGUGGCUUAUCCCUGCGCCCUGCUCUACGGGCUCUUUGCACUGCUCACUGUAUUUUAACUUUCUCUAGAGGAGAAGCUUUCCUCUUCAUGAAACAUGCUUAGUUUUAUAUACUUGUAUCACAUUACAUCCACCAGUAAAGAUAUAAAGGUCAUGAUUUGAAAAGCAUCAAGGUUUUCUUGGAUGAUUUCUUCAUUUCCAAAGACCUUGAUUUUCUUGAAAGUUGAAAAAUGUCGCCUUUAUUUUUGUACACCACGAGUUCCUCUCUGUUUUGAUUUCAUGUUUGUUUUAUUCAGAUUUUGUUGAACCAUUUCAUAUCCAACUGAGAUUUCUGAGAAUAAAGAUUUCUGUAAUCUCG